UGCUGUUGUUGUUCCAGUGUAAAGGUGAAAGUCACCAUGUACUACAUUACUGGUACACAGCAUGGCCAGACCAUAAACCUCCAGACUCACCAAAGAUGAUCCUCGACUUGGUACAGGAUGUUGAGUUACAUCGAUACAUGGACGAUGGUAUUACACCUCGUGGACCAAUUGUUGUACAUUGCAGUGCUGGCAUUGGUCGUACAGGCUGCUUCAUUGCAAUCAGCAUCGGCAUUCGACAACUCCGAGAGGAACAUUCGGUUGAUAUUUUGGGUAUUGUCUGUAGCAUGAGAAUGGACAGAGGUGGAAUGAUCCAGACACACGAACAGUACGAAUUCAUCCACCAAGCGUUAUGCGAGUAUGAAAAGAUGUUGGACUCCAGCGCAGAUUGAACCGACGGGCUGGCUGUUUUUUGGGUAGUUGUCCAGGGCUACUGAUCUUUUAAACCAGGCAUUGUCUCCAGGUGUCCAGAACACCUUCGUGUGUGUUCUGACCGGAAGAAGCCUCUGGGGGUUUAGGGUACACAGAGGAGGGAAGCGAAAGAGAAAGAGCUGGUGUCAGUCAUUUUAGU